AAAACUGUGCCGACCGUGGAAAUUCUUUUUCUUAGUGGUUACUUCAGUUUCUUUCCGACGUACUCGGUUCCGGCCGUUGAACGAAGCGCACCAUCGAACGAGGGACGCACGGAUAGUGAAAGCGGAUCGCAAACGUACGCGACCGAAAGAUCAUGUUUACGGAGAAGAUUUUUGACAAUCUUGGCGUGGAUAUGAUAACCAGCAAUGAUUCGGAAGAAUCGAUGGAGAAGCUUACGGGCAGCAUCGGCAGCAAUAAAUAUCAAUCGGUGAUAACAGAUCUCGGGAAGGCUUUGCUGCAGGCAGCCCGAACAGGCAACACACCGAAAGUGCUCGAUUUGAUGGGCCGUGGCGCACCGUUUACUGCAGACUGGCUCGGGACAACACCACUGCAUUUAGCGUCACGGCACAACCACAUCGAAACAUGCAGGGCAUUACUAAGGGCCGGCAUAAGCAAGGAUUCAAAGACCAAGGUCGAGCGAACGCCUCUGCAUAUGGCCGCCUACCAUGGGAACAUCGAGAUCGUGGAACUGUUGCUAAGCAACAAAUGUGAAGUGGAUGCAAAGGAUUUGCUAAAAAUGACUCCACUGCACUGGGCGGUUGAAAAACGUCACGAUAAGGUAGUGGAAAUGUUACUACAGCAUGGUGCAGAUCCGAAUGCGCUGUCCAAGUUUGACAAGUCACCGAUACUGCUUGCCAAAACAACAAAACAGAUGGAACUAGUGCGGAUACUGAAGCUGGCGAACGAGCUACGUGCCGCAAGCAGUGAACAAGUAGGGAUAAAGGAGGCAACGGAUAGUCUUAUGCACGAGCUGCAACAACACAAAGAACGUCAUGCGGAAGGGCAAAGCGCGAUGGUGAGCGAGAACGACGAGAUAGAGGAUAAUAUUACGAUGGAACUGAGUAACGAUAGUAAUGCCAAUCUGUCGGAGAACUCCGACCACCCGCUCAACGAUACGGACAUGCUCAUCGAGAAGGAGGACAGUCUGAGCGAUGCCAUAACGAAUCUGGAGCAGAGUACGGAGACGGAUCCGAAAAAUCUCGACUCGUCCACGCUGCAAAUGCUCAAGGAGCACGGUAUCGCCUUUAUGCCGACGGACGAAGGUGGCAGCGUGAUAACGUCCGCUAUCAAGAGCGGUAGGAAAAUUGUACUCUCGGAAGCGGGCAAAUACGCCCUCAAGGAAACGAGAAACCUUCACACUCAACAGCAGCAACAACAGCAACCGCACCAUUUACAAAAGCAAACUUUCCACACGGCAUCGUCCAUCCACGGCACGAACAUCACGCACUCGAAAACGAAGACAAUCAAAAUCAUCAAAAAACAACCUGCCUCAUCGCACCUGCACCACUCACACCUGCAUCACGUGCAUCACUCGAGCACGGGUGCCACGCCAACGAUAAAAACGAAUAAAGUAAUCAAAAUUCUAUCGCCGGAAGAGUUUAAACAAAUCUGUGGCGGUGAGGUCGGUGGGAUUAAGCGUGUAUCCUCGUCGGAAUACAAGAAAGCGGUUGGAUCGGCAUCAGUGAGAGUUCCUAUCGGUGGUCGGUCACAUGUUAUACCAUCGUCCGGUGGUAGCAUGGGCACGAAACCGAUCAGCAAAAUCGUUAUGACGAAAUCGGGUCAACGGUUUCCGAUGGUGACGGCUGCCGGUAAAUCCGUCGGUGACCUCGUUCAGACGAAAGUUAGUAGUAGUAGUAGUAGUAGUAGCAGCGGCAUUGCGAACGGACUGUCCAGUGGCCACAAUCGGCACAUCAUAACGUCGGCGGAUGGUGUGAAACGGAUUCGGACCGCUGCCGGUAUGGAGAUCAUUUCGUCACUGCCCACCAAACUGCCCCAGGAUACGGUCGUGUCGGUCGAAUCGUCACCGGGGCCUCGGGUAGGCGCGGUGUAUCAUCGUGUCACCACGAUAGGCAAUCACCAUACGACCACCAAGUCUAUCUCCUCCUCAUCCUCCUCCUCGAAGUCCGGAAGCGGGCCGGCGUCCAACCUGGUGGUGGAAUUGCUCGAACGACAGCAGGUCGAGCUAAAAAAACUCAUCGAGGAUCUGCGGAAACAGUUCGAACUGUCGCAGAAGCAGAACGAAGAGUACCGGGCCAGGGUGGAAAAGCUGGAGAAAGAGGUGCAGACGCUUAAGCAGCAGCAGCAGGGAUCGAGCGGGACGGCAACAUCGAGCGGCUUGGUCGAGAUCUUGUAGAAAAACCUGCUGGAGAUCCGGUACAUAACCUGGAGUAACACUCUGCAAAGCGUCACCGCUGCUGCGUGACGUAUGGCGCUUCCUUGACAUAAAAACUACCUUAGGAACCUUUCGUUAAGUGUUAAAACCCGUGUUCGUGAAUGUUGCGAGUUGUUUAAUUUUAGAGCACGGGAGAAAAACUGACCCCAUGUUGUUGGGGGGGGAAGAAUUACUUUCUGUACCGGAAGAUGAACUACCACUGUUCGAUCGUAUGCGCUUUUGGUUUGUUUCGAUCCUAUCGACGCUUACGGUUUUGCUGUUUUCGGAAUAGAAGCUACUGGAAUUUAAUAUAGAGGCUGCAGUCUUUUAGGCCAACUUGUUCCAAUUUGGUUCUACAUUAGUUGGCACAAUCUCUUUCUCUCUAUUUAACGUAAUAUUUAGAGGUGUUCUGUGUUUCUGUUAUUGUUCUGCACAGCCAUUACUACACUACACAACAAGCGUAAUCCACUUUUUUCUGCUUUUCAGUUCGGAAAGAUCCAUCGAAUCUCUACAGUAAACAGCUUCAUUUUACAGUCGAAAGCAUAAAUCACAUCACCACACAGUGCCACUGUUCUGUCGGUAAUAUUCUGUCAGUCGCUUUUGGACAAGCGAAACGAGCUAUGUUUACAGAAACGAAUCGCUUUUGUAGCAUCUUCAUCUACCUCGUGAACGCGUAGUAUUUGGCACAGUGGAACAGCAACGAAGGAACAACCCGAAACAGCAAUAACACGCAGAAAAGCAAGCAAGCGUAUGUCCUGCAGCGUAGCGUAGGCAUUUAAUGUUCGAAACGUACGGCGUCGGUGAAGCAGUCCGUAUGAAAGUAAAGCUAAACGGUCACGUGAGAUUGGCAACAUGUGGAAAGUGUGCCCGCUCAUUAAUUAUGUAAAAAAUUGUUGGUUUUAAAUUAUAGCUAUAGGGAAAAUAGGGAAGAAACAUUAAUUCAACAAACAAACAAACUCAUCUGUUUCUGUUUCGCUGUCGCGGUUUUUGUUUUUUUUAAAUGGUUCCGUUUAAAGAAAAAGAAUUAGCGUACUAAUUGUGUGAAUUCUCGCUUCAAAAAGAAUCAAAAUUAACACGCUAAAUAAUAACAGAGAAACGAAACAACACCAAACAGAGAGACGACAGCAUUGAAAACGAAAAGUUACUAACUCAUCUGUUCAAAUGGGGAAAUUUCAUUUUAUAACAAAACAAAUUCUUUGAAGAGAGUGCGAAAUCUGCUAACAGCAGAUGGCCAUUUUUUCGACUUUCUUUCUAUUUACCAUAAAAAAGCAGGAUCAUAGCAAGAUUCCUGGAGAUAAAGAAAGGGAAACAAAAUUAGCAUACAAAUGCUGUACUCUCACAGAGUUGCGUUGAGUUUUGUUAUUGCGUUACUGUACGUGCAAAUGCCAGAGAAUGUACAGGCAGUGGAAAGUGAAAGAGUUUAGAGGUUUGCAGAUAGGUUGGAGUGAAAUCGUUAGAAUCGUCAGCAAUAAUCAUCGAGAUGUGGAUACCAUAUCUCUUCGCGUGAGAGCAUGUCUGUGUGUGCGUGCGAAGUUUGAUCCUGUUGUACAUAUAGAGUAAUUGACUUUACCUUUGAUUAACAGUCGCCUUACUUUGAAAGCGUUUCGUCCCGGUGACGAUGUUCCGAAGUGCGUGCAGUGUUGCGGCCCGAACCGCAACGACAACAGCCGGAAGAGUACGAGCCUACGGGCAAGGGACGAACGUUCGGAGGGUGAGAAUGCGUGUAAAUGUGUGCGGGCUUACAGCACAUGUUGCAUGUUUGCGUCACGUUUGAUGGCCACACAAGUGUACACGCAUAUGUUGCCCCAGAAAGGAAAACAAAUAAAAC